AUGUUAAUACCGAACACAGCGCUGUUGUUAUUUCAAUUGGUUUGGAUCGUUCGAGGCACGUUCAAGUUUGUUUUUUUUAAUCGAACCGGUUCGCAGGCUCAUCAUUUCAUUGAUGACCGAACAUUGGGAUGAAACCAUCGGUGACAUCCGCGCUUCGGGAGUGAUUAUAAACUUUUCUCGAGCUCGGAAAGAGUUUGUGAUCACGGUGAAACCGGCUUCGUUUUUUCGACGAGUGAUAAGAAAAAAAAUAACAAGAUAAUACAAGGAAUACGUAAUUGUCAACAAUAUACGUAACUGUGUUGUUGACAAUGUUUUUGGUUUGUGGGGAACGUACAAUUUAGAGAAAGAAAACGUAAAUUUAGUAGUUCUCAUGAAAUUUUCAACGGUUAAAGUUAGCUAAAAGCAAGCCUAUAUCACUUAAAAAUAUUUCAAUUUAACAGCAACCUUUCAGGACAAACACUAGACUCAGAUGAUCACUCAGAAGAAGGUGGAUUCAGAGUGUUGGAAGAAGGAACACAAGGAGAGAUUCAGCAAAGCCAAAGCAUUGUUUUUCUCAAAAGUUUCAAGAAUUUAAAAGCCAAAGCUCAUGCGGCUACGACUUUCUCCGGCGAACGACCUAUCGAGUUCCUUCGGUAUCCUUUGGCUAAUAACGAAGGUCAUGUAAGUCAAUUGUGAAAUGAUACUUAUAGCCAGUGUUCCUACCUGCUCUCGAAAAAAAUUCUGGAUCCGAAACCAAAGCUUUUUAAGCUAUAGGCGGAAAGCAAAAUCUUAAAUUUUAAAAUUUUUGAGCUUUCACUAUUUGACUAUAUAAAUUAUGACUUAUUAUAUUUACCAUAAAACAACGAAAAAAUUGUAGGAUUUGCAUGAAAGUUACCGUAAGCCCUUAGACCGACUAACAGAUCAUCAACUGAAAACCUUGUUGAGCCGCUACCAUGAAACUGAAAUCAACGUGGAAACGGUAAUUUUUUACCUUGUUCUUUAUAAUACCUAUCACAUGCUGCUAAAAUCGUACCUUUUAUGAUAUCUAUAUCCUUUAUAUUACCCCCUUCUUCCAGAUGACUAGAGACGAGAUGCUGAAGACCUUGGAGUCUAUAAUCGAUCACCAUAAUCAACGACUACUCAAGCCGAAACUCCUGACAAAUGUAAACGUUCUGACACCAAGCGAACUCACGAUUAACAACGAUCCGCUGGUUGGUGGAAAGCAACAGUCUAGAACAACUUUAGGGCCAAUGAUAACAACUAACAUUCCAGUUUUGAUUGACAAUGAAGAUGAUUCACUUGUUUCGGGCAAUCUUGUACGUAACUCAAUUUUUUUUCAAAUUGACAUAGGUCGAAAAGUCCAAAGAAAUAUAUGAAAAACUGAAAAAAUGCCCCAAAUUGCCAUUCUUUACCAACAAUUUUUCAGGAAACCAUAACCCAGCCUCUAAACAAACAACUCUUAGCAACAACCCCUCAAACCUUGGUGGCUUCGGAUGACUAUAUUGACAUGAGUGUUGCCGAGAAAACAUCCGUAGCCGACAACGAAGCUAAUGGUGACGUCAGUGUACUUGGCGCUUCUGCCGAACAGAGCCGAACGACUAUGGCUACACCGUCACAGUCUAGUUUUACUACUCUUUCAACAAAUGAUGCUACUAUUGAGCCAAUAGUAGAUGGAUCUGCUGGUGAUGCUUUGGCUGAAUCUCAGCAAAACAAAGAAAGUGAAACGAAUACUAAUGCUCAAUUAACUCCUGAAUCCCACGCUCAAGCUAAACUGACUUCAGAAUCCAACGAUGAAGCAAAAUCAUCCCCUGAAAGUUCUACCGAAUCCGCUAAAACCUUAUCUACACUUUUUCAAUCUACUGAAACCCCUAAAGAACCCACAAAGAAGCCAGCCUUCACCAUGAUGAUCCGAAAGCACAAAACAGUACCAGAAAAAAAAGUCAACCUUGAUGACAAUGGAAACUUCGCUAUCCACGAUAACCUCAGUACAAAGUCCAAAAACAGUCGGCUUCACUCCCAAUUCAUUGAAGAUCUGGGCGAAAAGCUGAAGCGAAUGAAGACAAAAUACGAAUCCAUGAAGAUUGAAUUCAUGAGACGCCUUCGUCGUAUCAAUGAACGUCAUAUGAGUACGAUAGACAAACCAAACAAGGAAGAUCUGCCUCCAGUACGUAACGUUGCUGCUGCUGCACCAACAAUUGUUGCUACUGGAGCAAAGCACGAAAAUUUUAAUGAAGAACGUGCCAAGACACUGUUGUCUGAAGCUCACAAUGCCCAGUAUGAUCAAUAUGCUCAGCCGCCAAAAGAGAUUGAAGCGGAAUUGCACGGCUACAAUCCUUUGAGAGUUGUGCCUUUCGAUCAAGAACAUAAGGGAAACAAUGAUCGUGUACACCAUAAAAGCCAAGGAUAUUCCGACGAUAAUGUUCAGCAUCAUGGUAUUGAUUCAAUUCAUCAUCAAAAUCAUGAAUUGAAUAAGCAAGAUCAAUCGAAAAAUCAGCAUUAUCAAGAAUUAACUUCAGAAGCCAAAAAAGACAACAAAGAAACCAUUACGUAUGCUUCAAACCUAAAACAUCAAGAGCAACAAGAAACAACGACAACAGAAAAAGAUGAAGACAAGGGUGGGGAAGAGAACGAGCAAGAAAAGAAGAAUAUUCAAGCCUUCUUCAACUCUGAAUCCUCAUCAUCAGAAAGGAAACCAGAUAGUGCCCAAAUUGAAGUUCUACCAGCAGAUGAGACCUCAACCGAAGCUUCGAGAAAAUCUACCAUGUUUGUAGUUGAAGAAGAGAUCAGAUCUGUUGUUGACCAAAUUGACAGCCUUGGUCAAAGACAAGCUGAAAAGCAAGGUCAGAAACACGUUAUCAAUCAAGGUACUGAUGGCCGUAAUCACUUUGAAAUGACUACAGUUAUGAACGAAGUCACCAUGUUCCCUCGUAUCAUCAACGGAAACGGCAAAAUCAUGCCAGAAGAGACUUACGCUAAAAAUACAGAAGUUUCUAUUGGAUCAACAGCCCAAAAAACAUCUACUAGCUCAUCGUCAAACUCAGGUUCGCCAUCGUCAAACUCUUCCCCUUCAAACUCACACUCCGCAUCAUUUGCCCCAAUCGAUUCAUCUUCAAUGCUUGAUUCCGACAAUGAUUCGCGGUACAACAAACCCUUUAUUUUCCCACAACAAGGUCUUCGUGGCUACAGAGAACGCAACAGUAAUGUUAAACGUAUCUACACAAGUGGAUAUACUUCUUUGAACAGUGGAAAUUCAAAUGGAGUAAAGAAAGAUGCCAAAUUAGAUGUCAAAAAGGCCGAAACUGAAGUACAAAAGACUAGAUAUGAUACUCAAUCAACAAAAAUUGAAGCCCAAAAAGAAUCUUUAAUAAAUUUGAAGCAAGAACAACACAGACCAGGACUGAUCGAUUCAGAUUAUGAUCUGGUCCAAAGCCACUCUUCUUUCGCUUCAGAUAUCCAAAGAUCACCAAGUAAUGAUGUACCAACCUCAAGAUCGCAAAAACAAAUAUCAGUACAACAAAGAGCUGUACCUCAGUAUCAGAGCCCUGUAGCGUUACACGAAGCCGUGAUCGCUCCAAAAGACAAAGCUUCAGUUCAAGAAAAUUCAGAAUCCCCUAUGUCAAGCAUGAUUGAUGCUUUAAAAACCUUUGAAAACGAACUUACAUCCCAGGAUGCUUGGGUUGAAGCGAACAGAAGAUCCUCAACUGAAGAUAAGGGUGAUAUUAGCGCCAUCGAAUUGUUACAGCAAUUACAAAAGGAACACAUGCAAGAACACAAACGGUAAAAUAAAGCCUUUAGCUAUUGUAAUAUAGAAUUGACUGUAGUGAAAAUACUUUUCGUAAAAAAUAAUUGGCGUAAGCUUGUAGGAGCAGCCUUCUAAUUUAGGCAGCAGCUUUACUCUAAUUUAGAAAAUAAAUUUAAAUAAUAAUGCCUGAAGGUAAAUUUUCCAAAUUAUCAGUAGACAAGUUCAAUAUCAAUUCAAAUUUCCAAAUAUAAGCCUUUAGACGUCCAAAAGUUUCUUAAUUUCACAUAACUAUUACAAAAUCCCAAAUUUAUACAACCUUGUUAUCAGUAACGCCCUUUACUUCAGACAACCCGAUUGGCAUCAUCACUACCCACCUCAAGUGCACCGUGACCACAAUACCCCAUUCAAUGAAGGUAAGAUAUCACAAAAUCUGUCUUGAGGGUGACACAGACUCUCAAGGAAUUCCAUCAAUUAUAUUAUACUUGAUAAUAGAACAUCUAUCUUAACUUAUAUUUGGUCAAAAUAUAACAAAAAUUAAAGGAAAAGCCUAGAGAUAUAAGCCUCACUGAAGGCUAUGUUAAGGUCAAAAGAACCCUCAAAAACCGCAACAUAAAGAGGAAAAACAUUUUUGAAAAUUAGCUUACAAAAAUUCACAAGUUCGAUAAACAAAAGACUCAAAAGCUCACUACUGAUACAGAAACUACGUCAUACGACCAAUCGAGACCACUUGUUAUUCAUUUUUUUUGGAAAACACAUAAGUAAAAAUUAAUUUUGCAAAAGUUAACACGGAUUUUCAUAAAUUUCGAAGGUUUCUAUAUUGAAUUCUGGGUUUUACGGCCAAAAAUUUAUUGUAACAUACGUAUUAUGCUGUUUGUGUUUCACCCAAAAUCACAAUUUUAUCUCGCGCACCACUAAAACCAUUAAAAAUGUUUUAAUAAUGAGUGUAAAACAAGAAAAAAUCGCGUUAGAUUUAUCAAAAUAUACAUAAAAAAGCUUUUCUCCUCUGUUUACGCUCAAUUCAGAACGAAAAAUAUUCAAAUCUGGCCAUAAAUCACAAAAACAAGCAAUUUAUGUUGAAAUAAAUAGAUUUCUAAAUACCAAAACACUACACUUUCUAAAAAAUUUAAAACUGCUUUGUUUGUACCAAAAUUUAUAAAGUCCUGUCAUUAAAAAUCGUUUUUUUUACCAUUUCAAGCCAAAUAAACUAAUAAUCAAUUUUCAGCCGACGAUCGCCUAAAACAAUGUCAAAGCAUAGCAUGCGACUUCGAAAACCAGGAUCUUUGCAACUGGGAAACAACAGAAGACAAAGUCAGUCCAGGAAGCUACAACUACCGCUAUUUGCUUCACAAACGUGCCCAUCGUCAAGCCGACUACGUUCAACGUGGCUGGCAAAACUGGCGUGGACGCUACAGAAACAGCGUGACUGGAAUUGCUCGAGGAGACACGUUUAAUGAACAAAAUCAACGAUUCGCCGCAUCUUAUGUUAAACCGCACCAACGAUCAACAUUGACAGCUAUUAUUAAUGCUACUAGGGAUGAGACGAUAGAGUUUCAGGCAUGGGAAGCAGCCAGAAAUAUUCAAUUGAGAGUUUGUUGUGAUUCUGUGGAGAAUUGUGUGUUUGAAACAGAGAUUGGAGUGAAAAGAGGCAGUAGAAAGUGGAGAACAUUUCAGGCUACUUGUCCUGCCGGCACUCAAGAGGUAAAUUUUCAUUUUUAGCAAACUAUCAUUUCAAACACUUCACAACAUUAUUAUAGACUAGUCUAAUAGAAUAAAUGGAAUUCUCAAAUUUUAAAAUCAAAAAAUAACAGCAAAAUGUAAAACAUUUUAAAACUUUUUUACCUACCGUAUAAAGCUCCUUUUUGCAGAUCUUUUUCGAAUGUAUCAAUCACGGCAUAUUCCAAGGAGCUUGUGGUGUUGAUAAUAUUCACCUUGUGGACCCUGCGUGUGCUUUGGAAGAAACAGGAAGGCCGCUACUGGACAGUGACGGUGCGAGAAAACACUAA